AUGCAAAUUCGGCUGCAUGCUCGAAACACGUUUUCCUUCUUGGUUGCAGCUGCAUUCUUCUGUCUUGGAUAUCUGAUUUUUUUCAAAUCUGGUGAUGGAUUUCCCGAAAUAGACGUUGACCUUAGCAAUAUCGUUAGUUAUACGGUCUUAGCGGUGGAGAUUGGUGGAUAUGCGGUUCGGAAAAUACACGAAGAAAACGGUACACAGAUUUGGUGUCGAAUUUUCUCAUUCUGGAUUCUUUCUGAUGUUCAGGUGUAUAUUGAUCCGCUUGACGCCACUCAGGAAUAUACUGAGGGGCUGACUGAUUAUGUUACGGUAAUGGCAUGUGUUGUAGUCAAAGAUGAACCCAUUUUUGGUGCCAUUUUUAGGCCGUUCUCGAAUGAAAUAGUGGUGGGUGUAAAAGGCUGGGGUGUGAUGACAUCAUCAGGAGGAAUGAUUAUUCCUGUAAAUCGGAAAGAUACCGCUAAGAAAGUAGUGGUGUCACGAUCUCACGCAGGUGAUGUUGAGAAUCUAGUCCGAAGAUCUUUCGGAGAAGCGUAUGAAGUUGAAUCAGCUGGAGGGAGCGGUUAUAAGGUGCUACGAUUACUAAACGGUACCGCAGAAUUGUACAUUCAUCAAACGGCAAUAAAAAAGUGGGAUACAUGUGCGGGCGAUGCAAUCCUUCGAUCGUUUGGGGGAGCAAUGCUCGAUUUAGAUGGCGUCCCACUACGGUAUGUUACGUUGAUGUUGAAAGUUUCAGGACUUAUAGCGUCAGUACGUACUCCGUACAUGUAUAUUAAGAAAAUCGUAUUGAAUGAAAAGCCAUAA